GAGGGAGACGGGGAUCGCCUGGUGGCACCGCAGGAAUCUACUGUGAGUUGCAGUGUUUAUAUUAACGCGCCCACAGUCAGCCGAUACUUUUGUGGAGGGAGGGGCGCUUUCUUCCUCUUCAUCAUCGCCGUCUGUCCCAGCUCUCUGCAUCUUUCUUUCUUUUCUGAAAAGGGAAAAAGUCGAGAAGACGAAGGACGAAGGAAGGCGGUCGCAAGAAUUCAUCUCGGGUUGGUGGCUGAGUCGUGCGAUGUUGUGGCGGGUAAGGGAAUGGCUUGAUCUGUGGGGUUUGGGGAAGGCCGGACUUUUCUGAGUAUCGUCCUCUACCUUCCCUAAAUUUUCGUUCCUUCUUCUUCUCUGCCCCUUCCCUUCCCCUUCUGCCUUUCUCUGGAGAUCCUACCUAGUAGCUACACGAUCGUCGAGCGCGGAACGUGGGAAAGGAAAAACAAGAAAGCUAGACACGAAGAACGAAAGAAUCCAAGCCAGAGCUUCCUUCAAGGCCGGUCGGAGCACCGCCGGAGAUCAAUUUCUCCCGAUUCCGUUCUCACGCUCGCAAUACCGGAAAAGGUGUUGUGGAGGUGGUGAUGAGGUCAAGGCAUGAUACUUAUCAGCCGCAGGAUGGUUCGGAAGGGACCGUGAUAGUUUUCCAUACAACUCCGAUUUACUCAGAUCAUCUUCUUGGAGGAAACUCUUUCAGCUCGCUGUGUGCAGUGUGUUUGUUCUCCUCCCCAAGCUUUGAGGUUGAUUGAUUCAAGGGAAACCCACGUUGUCCAACCUGGGUUUUUCUGUCUGAAAAACCAUUUCAGGAAUAUUUGCUUACAGGGCAAAUCUCCUUUGGCAUCUUUGUUUUCUAUUUUUCAACAGUUUCUCUGUUCCAGAUAGAACCCUUCGAGGUUUUAACUGGGCAAUUCUCCUUUGGCAUUGUUACAUCCCACUGGGCGUCAUCAACAAUCAAAAAAUUAUAGUGGAGAUUUCAACUUGGUCGCUGUAUCACACAGCUUGACCGGUUCGAACAACCUGAAGACAGUCCCUUGUUUGAGGAAUUUAGUACUUCUGCUUUCGUUAAGAUUUUCGAGGUAGUAGGAGUAUUUUGUUGGAAGUAUAACAAAAAGAAAAGGGGGGAAAAAGCAUGUUUACCAUGUUCAGCGAUCUGGGAAAGGGUAACGUCACAGAUAGCAGUGACAGUGAGGAUUUUGAUGAUAUCGAGUCCAUGUACGAAGGACAAGCACGGAGCAUAUUCUCAAGUUUAGAUGAAAGCAUUGGAAAGAUUGACGACUUCCUGGCCUUUGAGAGGAGCUUUCUGCAUGGUGACAUUGUUUGCUCUGUGGCGGAUCCGUCAGGACAGCUGGGCAGGGUCAUUGAUAUAGAUGUUAGUGUGGACAUAGAAAAUGCUUAUGGAAAAACAAUAAAGGACAUAAAUAGCAAGGACCUUCUCAGGAUCAGAUCUUUCUGUGUUGGUGAUUAUGUAGUUCAUGGCAGCUGGUUAGGUGUUGUGGAUCGAGUAAUAGAUCUCGUGACAGUUCUUUUUGAGGAUGGAGCUAUGUGCGUUAUAGAAAAGCCUGAUCCAGCAAUCCUUGUGCCAGUUCCUCCAAAUUUAUUAGAAGAUUCUGAACACGUUUACUACCCUGGGCAACGUGUGAAAGGUAGACUUCCAAGUGUUUUUAAGAAUGCAGGAUGGUUGCGUGGUGAAUGGAAGUCAAGCCGACGUGAAUGUAUGGUGAAGCACGUGGAGGUGCAAUCCGUAUAUGUUAAUUGGACUUCUGCCCUGACAGUUGGCUGUGCUGCCAGUGUGCCUCCACCUAGAUGCUUGCAGCAUCCAAAGGGACUUACCCUUUUGCUCCCUUUCCCACAUUCAAAUUGGCAGCUUGGUGAUUACUGCAUAUUGCAAUUUAGGAAUAGGGAGCAGAACCAUGGCACGGGGGUUCAUGGUGCUCAUGAGUGGCUGCUGAAGUGUGGCAAUAUGCUGCAGAAAGAAGGCAUUGAUCUUGAGCAGGCUUUCGUGAUAGUGAAAAGAAAAGUUAAAGUUGAUGUCUUGUGGCAGGAUGGUAGAGUUUCCGCUGCUUUAGAUUCACAUGCACUAUGUCCGGUUGAUAAUAUAGGUGAUCAUGACUUAUGGCCGGAAGAUGUUGUGUUGGAGAAAGGAUCUGAUGAGGAUGGACAAGAUUCAGGUAGAAAGCUUGUGGGAAUUGUUCAAAGUGUUGAUGCAAAAGAACGGACUGCUAGGGUGAGAUGGAUGAAUAGUGAACUAGAUGCGACUGCUGCAUCAAUAGGGAAAUUCGGUGAGGAGAUUGUAAGUGUUUAUGAGUUGGUUGAACACCCUGAUUACUGCUACUGUCUUGGUGACAUUGUUUGCAAAUCUCAGAACCAGAGCCUAGAAGAUCUAAAACUACUUUCCAGUGCACCUGAUACUCUUUUGUGUGAUACCUUUGGUAAAGAUGUAUUUUGUAAAAGGCAGAUUGGCGAGAACUGUAAAGACUUGUCUAAAUCCUUCACAUCUUGUAUUGGGCAUGUCAGCGGAUUGAAAGAUGGAGCCAUUGAGGUGACCUGGGCAAAUGGUGCUGUUGCAAAGGUUGCCCCCCAUCAGAUCAUGGCCGUUGACAGAGAUGAGGAGCAGGCAUCGACGGACUUCCUUCAAAAUCAGAAUGUUGAAGUUAACAGUGAGGAAUGCGGCCUUGAAGUUGACAAUUGCAGACAAAAUAAGAAUGCAAAAAAGGACAAUUUGGAUAAGACAAUGCUGUGUUCCGGAAAUAAUAACUGCAGCAACUAUUCAUGGGAAACUGAUGCUCUUUCAAUUCCUCGAGCAGCUAUUGGGUUUCUGACAAAUAUUGCUUCUAGCAUUUUUGGUUCACGAGGUUCCACUUCAUUCUCAAGCAAAAUAAAAUCCACUUGUUCUAGUCAUCUUGACAAUGAUUACCAUCUUGAGAUGAAGGAUGCGGUUAUGGAAGAUGAGAAUGGCAGUGAGGACCUGUACAAACGAAAGAUUGAGGAGCAUCAAAUUGCAGCAGUCAAGGCUCACCAGCUGAUGUCUGGUGAAUCAUCUUUAUUGAGAGGGAUGGGUGGGGAAGAGCAUACGGAAGUUAAACAUGAGCAACUUCCACAGUUAAGAAGCAGCGAGGAAUGUAGAAAAUUUAUGAAAUUUGACAUCAGCCAAGAUUAUUCAGAUCAUCAUUUUCGGGAUGAAGAGUCAAAUCCAUCUCAGAGAAGGGGUUGGCUUAAGAAGAUAAGUCAGGAGUGGAGCAUCUUGGAGAAAGAAUUACCUGAUUCUAUCUACGUAAGAAUUUACGAAGGGAGAGCUGAUAUCCUGAGGGCUGCCAUUUCUGGAGCAUCUGGGACACCUUACCAUGAUGGUCUUUUCUUUUUUGAUAUCUUCCUUCCUCCAGAUUUUCCAUCCCAACCUCCCUUGGUCCACUACAUCUCUGGAGGACUUAAGUUGAACCCAAACUUAUAUGAGACUGGGCAUGUGUGCCUGAGCCUCCUGAAUACAUGGACAGGCGAAGGCAGUGAAGUUUGGAAUCCAGCAAGCUCGACCAUUCUUCAAGUUUUGGUGUCACUUCAAGCACUCGUACUUAAUGCUAAGCCAUACUUUAAUGAAGCUGGAUAUGACAAACAAAUUGGCAAAGUGGAAGGAGAGAAGAAUUCUAUUGCUUACAACGAGAAUGCAUUUCUUCUUUCAUGCAAAUCAAUGUUGUACUUGCUACGGAAACCACCAAAGAAUUUCGAAGCCCUCGUGGAAGAACACUUUAAUAGGCGUGCACGGUCAAUGCUGUUAGCCUGUAGAGCAUAUAUGGGUGGUGCUCAGGUUGGCUGUGUCUCUGGGGAUGGAAAGAUCCUAAGUGGUGGUGGUAGCAGUUCUGCUGGUUUUAAAAUAAUGCUGGCCAAGCUUUUCCCGAAGCUUGUGUCAGCAUUCAGCGACAAAGGGAUAGAUUGCAGCUUGUCUAUUAAUACUGAAACUUCCCCGUUACUUUGUGAGUCUCGCCAACUAAGUCUCUCUCUCUCUCUCUCUCCCCAUGGAUCGGAAACGCCUCUGCUGUUCUCCCUCCUCCAAGUUAGCGUAAAUGAUUGCUUCGUGGGCAUGUCUGCUUCUUCCUCCUCCUUGCCUGGCGACGUGUUCACCGUCGACGAGGACCCCAAUCACCAGAAGCGGAAGAAGAAUAUAGGCGAGUGUGGAGCUUUCACUAUUCCUCCAGAUGAGGUUAUUCAGAUUGACGAUGAUGACGUUCCUCAAAAUGGAAUCAUAAUUGGUGGGAGCAGUGCUUUUUCAAUGUUUCAGGGGAAGAAUGAACCCAUGGUGCUUCCUCAUGGUGGAGAGAAGAGGGAUGUUGCAAAACUAGCAGAGAGUUCCUGGGAAAAAAAAGUAGCUGUUCUUCUUAGUGAUUACAACUUGUCAUAUCUGGAUCUGGACCCUUGUGAUGGCCAAAGACUUGUGGGCAGUCAACCAACAAGCACAAUCUCAAAUGAUUCUGAUGAAUACAUGGGUGUGGAAGAAGAUUAUGAGGUUGCAUAUGUUUCAGAUGGCGAUUCUUUAUCUCCUUGGACAGCGGAUAUGUUUGCACAUGAGCCUGAUCCAAGCUCAUCAGCAGGACCAAGCUGUCCAAGUCUGAUAGAGCAGAUUGAAGCAAACAUUGCGAGAUUUAGAGAAUUCAAGCAGUUCGACACUGUUGUUGAUCAUUCAGAUAAUCACUUCGAUAAAUUACAAAAUCCAGGGAAGUUCUCUCUUUUCAAUACAGAUAACUUACAUCCUCAGCCACGGCAAAUGACUUCAAAAGAAUGGACAAGACACAUACAGCAGGAGUGGAGCAUCCUGGAGAAGGAUUUGCCAGAUACAAUAUAUGUUAGAGUGUAUGAAGAAAGAAUGGAUCUUUUGAGGGCUGUCAUUCUAGGGGCUGCAGGAACUCCAUACCAUGAUGGUCUUUUCUUCUUUGACAUUUCUUUCCCACAAGACUAUCCAUACAGCCCACCGUUGGUUCACUAUCACUCUUUUGGCCACAGGAUAAAUCCAAACUUGUAUGAAUGUGGCAAGGUCUGUCUUAGCCUUUUGAAUACUUGGCAUGGCAGCCGUGCAAACAGUGAGACAUGGAUACCAAUGAGAUCCACUGUUCUUCAAGUUCUGGUUUCUAUCCAAGGUCUAGUUUUGAAUGAGAAACCUUACUUUAAUGAGCCUGGAUACGAAAGAUCAGCAGGCAAGAAAGAAGGUGAGAGCAAGGCGAGGGACUAUAACGAGCAGACUUUCCUUUUAUCUGUGAAAUCUAUGUUACACCUUCUGCGGAAUCCCCCAAAGCAUUUUGAAUCAUUUGUUGCCGGGCAUUUCUAUGUGCAUGCACCGUACAUUCUGGAGGCAUGCCAAGCAUACAUGCAAGGAGCACAGGUGGGUUGUCUUGCAGCAGGCGGCAUCCAGGAUGUGGAUCAGGGAGACAAAAGUUGCUCUGAAGUUUUCAAAGCAUCACUUUCUGAUCUCUUCCCAAAGUUGGUGACAGCAUUUACUGAUAAUGGAAGUGAUUGCCAGAAAUUUGUCCCCAAGCCAAAAGAACCACGCGAGCGGAAACUGAUAGUGAAAACCUGGGACUGAUUUUAAUAGCUAUUUGAAAUGGCAUUAUUGUAUCACGUCACCUUAUUUUUGUAAAAUCUCCAUUUGGGUCAUGAAUGACCUAGAACUGUUGUCUAGAUGCUUUUAGCUUUCAGAUACUUCCACUGUAAAUAGGUUGUUGAUCUAGUGGACUAUGCUUCUGGUCAAUUAAUAUAGGAAAUUUUGGCAGUAAAGUGGCGCACAAAUGUUAUAAAUGAGACAGCUAUGACUGAUAUAGUGAUAUUUGUUUUCUUUUAUCAAA